CGCCUAUUCAGUGUUACCGUACAUUAUAGCAACUGUGGCAUUCACAGUGUUCACAUCUUGAGACUUAUUAGAGGACAGGAAGCAGUCUGACAGAAAUGCUGGCCUCAACUCCAGAACAAGUUGCUGUAACAGGAACCUCAGCUCCAGGCUUUCCACCUAGUAAUAACUCAACCUUCCUGGACUCCGAGUUUCGUUAUGUCCUCCUCCCAGUUGUCUAUGGCAUCGUCUUCAUCCUCGGCCUCUUCGCUAACAUCUACGUGCUGUUUGUCCUGCGCUGCCUCCGUGAUGCCAAGGCCAUGGGCGAAAUCCGCAUCUACAUGACAAACUUGACCAUCGCUGAUCUCCUUUUUGUGUGUGCCCUUCCCUUUUGGAUUGGCUAUUACAGUCGCAAUGGUAACUGGGUCUACACAGACUUCAUGUGUCGGCUGACUGGCACGUUGUUCUUCAUCAACACCUACUGCUCUAUCCUCUUCCUCGGAGCCAUCAGCGUCAACCGAUACUGGGCAGUCACUCGACCUCUGGACGCGGCCUCUUCAGACCACAGACGUCGUGGGAUCAUUGUGUGCGUUGUCAUCUGGGUGUUGACCAUGUCCAUGGCUAUUCCAUAUCUGAUAUCUCCAGGGACAAAAACUGAUGAGAACGAUGUUAUCCGCUGUUUUGAGGGGUACCAGAAUGAAACUGAUUCUCAGAAGAAAACAGUGGCUGCUACUCAUUUUGCAAUAAUUGGAAUGUUUUUUGUUGUGUUUUUCCUCGUCGUGGUAUGUAAUUUCCUAAUUGCUCGAGCAUUACUUUUGCAAAAUCCUCCCCAGUCAGAAUUCAGGUCUACAACAAUUAUGUCUAGAAAGUCCAACAACACCAUGUCGUCCUCAUUUAGAAGGCCAAGGGGGGUGAAACGGAGGGCUCUGCAGAUGUUGUGGGCAGUGGUUGGAGUGUUUGUUCUGUGUUUCCUGCCCCACCAUGUAAUUCAAGGCCCCUGGACACUGGCAGUGUUGCAGAUCAGUCAGGGUUGGGGCCACGUAGAGUGGGACCAGAAGACUCUUCAGUUGCUCAACGACGCACAUCAGAUCACCUUGUGUCUGAUGGGCCUUAACUGCAUUUUGGAUCCUGUAGUUUAUUGUUUCGCUACAAGGAAGUUUAGAAGGUUCAUCAUGGCCCACAUUAAAAAGCUAGGAAAGGGAGAUGGGUGUUCACACACGGUCACCUCACAGCUCUCCAUGGACAGCAGGAAUCACAGCCAGAGACUCCAGAGUGAGCACCAAGAGCCUGAGAUGGAUUGACUUAAACAUACGGAAUAUAUGUACUAAAUUUUUGUAGAUAUAUGUUGCUUGUGUGUGAAAGACUUUUCUCAUGUUGUCGCUCAUAAAAGAUGACAAAUACAGUAUUGUGUUGCACCUCUGGAACUGUAGUUUAUCUAUGUAAUUUAGUGUUGGUGGCUCCACAUCUUCAGAUUCUCUUUUAAGAAAGUUUUAUGUUUUAGUGUCUUUAUCAGUCUGUGAAAUCAACUGAUGAGACACCAGACAAUGUGAAUCAUCCCACGGGUUGGGUUUGUUUUGCCCAAAAUAGGACAAAAACAACAAAUACACUUGUAUACCAAGCCUAAUCAUCUCUUUUAGGAGUUAAGAGUAGACCAUGGCCAAAGUAGGGCAUUAAAAACAAAUACACAGUUUAUUGUUUCGCUACAAGGAAGUUUAGAAGGUUCAUCAUGGCCCACAUUAAAAAGCUAAGAAAGGGAGAUGGGCAUUCACACACGGUCACCUCACAGCUCUCCAUGGACAGCAGGAAUCACAGCCAGAGACUCCAGAGUGAGCACCAAGAGCCUGAGAUGGAUUGACUUAAAAGUUUUGUAGAUAUAUGUUACUUGUGUGUGAAAGACUUUUCUCAUGUUGCCACUCCUAAAUGAUUAUAUAUACAUAUCAUUUAGUGUUGGUGGCUUCACAUCCUCAGAUUCUCUUUUAAGAAAGUUUUAGGUUUUAUUUUCUUUAUUAGUCUGUGAAAUCAACCGAUGUUCUGCCCAAAAUAGGACAAAAACAAGAAAUACACUUGUAUACCAAGCCUAAUCAUCUCUUUUUGGGAGUUUAAAGUAGACCAUGGCCGAAGUAGGACAUUAAAAACAAAUACACAAGUAUACAAAGCACAUCUGCAACUAUUACUUUUUAUCUAUGUAAUGUAGUGUUGGUGGCUCCACAUUUUUAGAAUUUCUUUUAAGACAAUGUAACGUGGUCAGGACAUUUGUCACUUGACAUUUGAUCUCAGCAUAGUGUAGGAGCUGCUGUCUGCAUUACACCCGUCCUUCUGCACUUCCUGUGUGAACUUCAAACUCAAAAGCAGAAGCUUUGCAAGCAGAAGUACAUUAACAAAACAUUUCAUACUGAAAGUUCAACAGGAUGUCAAUUUAUCAGUCUGUGAAAUCUGAUGCGACUUAUGUUAAGUCCUCCCACAGGUGUGGCUUGGCCCAAAAUUGGGCAUCGGUAGAGAAGUCAAGGUAAAUUCAGAGUAAAUUCAAAGAGUGGACCUGCUUAUUAGAUUACACACAAACACACACACACACACACACACACACACACACACACACACACACACACACACACACACACACAGUAAACUAUGAUAAGAUUGUUGUCUCCCAUCAGAUAAGUUACAGUUUUUCUAGCUUUGCCUGGACAAGUUAUAUCCGGUAUUGUGAAAUCAGGGAACAGAAGUAAUAAAGCUAGAGCUACGUUUCACCUCUGGCACCCAAUAUUGUGACAUAGGUCUCAUGUUGGAAAAUCCCAUGAUUCACUGUGACAAAGGAAGUCAACCUUUAUUAUUAUUCAGUGAUCUGCUGUAUAUGUACAAUACUGUAUAUUUUUUAUAUUUAUUUUAUAUUGUGAGCUUACAUGCUGUUGGAAAACAGAUUUAUAAUGUUAUUUUUAUUCAGUGGAACAGCUUUUGUAAUUUUGUAAUGUACUCAAAAGUGUGUGUAGCAUUAUUUUCAUCUUCCAAAAGUCAAAGAUGCUGCUUUUAUUCCAUAUAACCAACUUGUAAUAAAAAAUGCAAUUUGUGUCUUAAA